ACGUGCAGCGCACCGUACCGCAGCGCCAGCGAGCACGACAGAUAAUAAUUAUUACUAUUAUCGCCGCCGUAGUCCGCACAAUCGCCGCCGUACGCGCGCGCCUGCUUGCCGGCCGGUAACCGUCGUGCCCCGUCGACUGUCGUCGUCYAGACGCGCGCACGCGCAUACACCGCCGCCGCGAAACGGACCCGAGCGAAAGGGUCUGUCCGACCGGCGAGUGCUCUUCAGUCGUUGGACUACGCGCAACUCUUCCGGGUGUCGAGUGAAUCGGAACCGCUCUCCGAGCACUCUUCUUCGCGUGCACCGCUACCACUGUCGCCGCGGACUUAACUGAUUUUUUGAUAUUUUACAUUCACAUGACUAUUUUUCGUAUAGUGCGUUUUCGCGUUUUCCGCGAUUUGUUUUGUUUAUAAAAUAUUUUGCGUUUGUAUUUUGAUCUUGUGAAAAACUUUUUUCGAAACGAUAAAAAAAAUCAAAGUCGAAAUAUUGCGAUUUUUUGCCAGAAAAAAAAGAAAAAAAAAACGAAUUGCUUCAAUCAUGGCCAUACCAUUCGUGAUGCCGGAACCUGAUCCUGAUACACCAAUGGCCCAUUAUUUGCGAAUUCAAAAUUUGCUCAGAGAACUGUUGACUCUGCUCAGGCGAAUGCCCUCUCGCAUAAUCGGCGAUCCGUCAAACUAUCCGUACACCAACAUCAGCUUAUUUUCUUCGGAUCCGCCACCGUAUUCGGAGGAAGUGCGCGACCGUCUUUGGGUACAGCAACAGCAAAGUUCGGCGCGCGCGUUCCAUCGYCGACGUUUGCGCGAACGCCAGCAACAGCGCGAGCAACAGCAACCGUUGCUGCCCGACUUGGUCACGUCGUGCGGCCAGGCGGCGAAUCCACCGCCUCCGCCGCCUCCACCGCCGCCGCCGUCACCGCCGCAGCAGCAAUUGCAGGCGCAGCAACUGUCCGCGGUCGACGAAGACAAGAUCGGCAGAGCCGUCAUGCUGCAGGUCGCCGUGUGCCCGACUUGCUAUUACAGUAAAGAGGGCAAGCUGAAAGUGAUCGCAGUCGCCAAGCUGGACGAAAACGGCAAGCCGAUCCGCUGGACCAACCACCGCGACGACGAAGAACCGGUAGUUGUCGAGAACAAGAGCUCAAAAGUAAAACGGCGAAUCAUGUCGCUGCUUCAGCCGUCGAAAAUCGAAUCGUCUGUACUCACAGCCAUGUUCGUAAUCAUCGGCUGGAAAAUGUUCAUCAAACAAUAAUGUAAUUUUGUUUUAAGAAUUAGAGAGAGAGAGAUAGAGAAAAAAUAAAUUUUUUUCCACGCCUAUUUAAAAAGACUCCAAAACAUGGUUCCAGUCACGGUUUUUAGUGACUAAAAACAAUUUAAAUUUGAAUGCUAAUCAAAUCGACCGUUGAUCUCAAUUUACAAAAAUGUGAGAUGAUCGUAACCGUAGCCAAAUGUAGUAAUAAUUUAUACUAUAUUAUAUUAUACCCUAUCUUUAUUUUAGUUAUUAUUAUUAUUAUUAUUUUAAAUAUUGUCAUCGAUUUGAACGCGUUUGUAGGUGUGCUCAUCUACAGCUACUGAUACUUUUGGGUGAACUAGCUUCUUGUCGAUUAUAAUAAUAAUUAUUUUUUUUGUGUAUAACAUCAACAUUAUUGUUUAAGUAUGUACCUAUUAUUUUUAUUUAAUUUAAUUUUUUUUUUUUUGUAAUUAAUCUCUAUUCUAUGCUUCAUCUGUUGUAUUUUGUCGUUUCACAUGGGAAUUCUGCGGUUUCAGUCCCAGACCUGUUCACGUUUUGAUCUCGUUUUUAUAAAACUAUAGCUUCAGAACGGCACUACCGCGGUGGUGGGAUCUUUCUUGCCACGGCGGUUUUGAAUUAGUAUGAAAUGCUAUAUUGUAUUAAUUUUAUAUUUUUGCUCACUGUAAAUAAGCGUUUUUAUCUAUUUAUUUAUACACCAUACACACUCGCGCCGCGUCAUUAUUAUUAUUUAUAUUUUUGAAUUUUGUCCGUUCACCACGGACUUCAUAAAUUUGGUUAUCAUUAAGCAGCUAAAGAACAAAAAUUGAAUUCUCUGUGGACGUUUUUUCUCUUGUUUCUAUUCGUUCUACUAAUAAUUAUGGUAUAGGUCAUAAUAUGAAGUGGUAUAGUAUAUACCAGCUGGUAUAUUAUAUUAUGUUUUGGCGAACGUCGAGAUCCAGUUCUAACAUAUAUUACAAUAUAAUUYAUACUCUGAUACUUGUGCGUCGAGGAAUCAUAAAACAAAAUAUCGAUAUUAUGAUCGCUUUGUAAAUAAAUUAAUCUUAAUAUAUUAUAAUUCGUUUGUUGUGAAAGCAUCAAGAUAUUAUAACUACCUAUAUAUGUAUAGUAUGUAUUUUUUUGGUUUUCUUAUUUUUUACAUUUUUUAUUAUUUCGAAAAGCAUUUCUGUGGUGUUAAAUAAAACUUGGACGCCGUCGGGGCCUUUCAUACGCUUCGAGCUUAAACCAUUCUUUGCGAAUUUCCUCCCGGCGACGAUCCUCGUUUCGCCCAUCAAAGCGUUUCUGUGAUCAUGCCAUUAUUUUUUUUUUAUCUAUUGAAUUAUAUAUUUAUCUAAUAAAUCUAUGGCAUUUCUUGUGUUUUAUACGGUUCCUUAUAACGAAUCGUAAUAUAUGUAUAUAAUAUAUUAUGUAAUUUGUAAAUUAUUGUAUUGAUAAGGGUUUUUUA